GGGGGCAGCCGCGCACGCCCAAACGCGCCGCCGGGCAGCCGCACGGCACCUUGGUAGGUGACCAUGGCAUCCAUGCUUGAGAGCGCCGCACCGGCCGUGCCGAGUUUGGCGCUGCCCACUCAACCGACAACAGACGCCGUCGACGCGGCCUUCCAAAGGGCAGCCGCGGAGCGCCACGCCCGCGCCACGCCCGUCCGCGGCGCGGCAGUCCUGCGCUUCACGACGCUGUCGAACGACGCUCCUCGUAGGGGCUUUGUGAUCGGAGAUCACGGUACGGUCGGCCGCGGCGCGCAAAAUCAUAUACAAGUCGCCUCGGACGCGACGCUUUGCGAAACGAAUCACGGCACCUUCCGGUGCCAGGACAAUGUGCUCGUGUUAGAACCCGGGAACGGCGUCGUGGCGGUCCGGUGCUCCACGGGAGAAUCUGUCGACUACCCUCUGCGAACGGGUUGUGAAUUUGGCUGCGGGUCCUCGAUCUUCGCGGUGUCCCGCGACGCGCCGCUCGCGCUGUACUGCCGCGAGGGGCCGCUGCAGGGGCGGACGCUGGACGUGCGGGAGGCCUUGAUGAUCGGGAGGGCUCAGUCGUGCGAUGCGUGUGUUGAAGACAGGGAACUGUCCCGGCAGCACUGCAAAGUCCAGAAGCGUGGUGGUGUGUACUACUUGGUCGAUCUUGGUAGUACCAACGGCACGUACGUGCGGCGCGUCGGGCCCUAUGCUGGUCCACAUCGAUUACGAAUAGGUGACAAGGUGCUGCUGGGCCGCACCGGUCUGGAGCUCUGCCGCUUCGACGUCGGCGUGUGCUCGCUGAAAGGCGCGCGGCGGACCAUGGAGGAUCGUACCACAAUCGUGCAUGAUCUGCGGUGUAGCAAUCUACCACAAGCGUUACGGCCGGUAUACUACGCCGCUGUGUACGACGGCCACGGCGGCGACGCCUGCGCGCAGUUCCUGAAGGACGAGCUGCAUGGGUACGUCAGGAGAAGCUUGGACGCCCAGUCUGACUGGAGCAACGCAGAGACCACUAUCAAUGCGGCUUUACGAGAUGCCUGCCUGCAGUGCGACGCGGCGUUCCUGGCCACGAAUCCCGCGAACCGGGCCGGGUCCACGGCCUGCAUUUUGUUGGUCUUCGGGCAAUCGAUAAUGAGCUGCGCGAAUGUCGGUGAUAGUCGGUGUUGCCUCGCGACGGCGUCGGGAUGCGCCCAGCUUUCAGAGGACCAGACGCCCGCGAGGGCGGAUGAGGCGCAGAGGAUACGGGACGCGGGAGGGUUCGUGAUCCAUAAACGGGUGAUGGGUGAGCUCGCCGUCUCACGAGCCUUCGGCGAUGCCGAGCUAAAGAGGCCAGUGCACGAAUUAGUGAGGCCAAACGAACCCGCGCCCGCAGAAGCCGGGCCAAGGAUGGUGUUGGCCGAGCCCGAGGUCACGCAUCGUGCGGUCGAAGGCGACUUCGCCCUGAUCGCCUGCGACGGGCUGUACGACGUUUUUUCCAGCGACGAGGCGGUAGACGUCGUGCGGAAGGGACUUGUAGAAAACGCGGGCGACCCCGUGCGCGCGGCAGCGGGCGUGUGUUCAGCAGCCGUCGACGACCGCGGGUCCAGGGACAACGUCACCGCAGUCGUCGUGGCGCUGCGGGCGGCGGCUCCGGAGGGGAUUUCAUGAGUAAUUGAUAGAAACA